AAUAGUAAAAGGCGCGGCUUCCUUUCCUAAGCGGAAAAGCAAGGCCAACAUCUCCCGGAGUUAGGAGUAGACGGUGAGGUUUGUUUGCGCAGAGGGAUCCGGCCGGUGGGCGGAGGAGGCGGCGCCAUGGCCUGGAGCUGGCGAUGGCAACACCUAGGGCUCUUUCUCGGCCUCAGCUGGCUCCCGACAGGUUGCUUCUCUAUCCUGGUGACUGUGCCAGUUGCUGAGCGAUACACAACUUUAUUUGCCUCUGUGACCCUCAGGUGUGACUACAGUACCUCUGCCCAGCUGCAGGAUGUGCUAGUUACCUGGCGCUAUAAGUCCUUUUGCAAGGACCCCAUCCUUGACUACUACAGUGUUGCCUAUCAAGCAGGCCUAGCUCUUGGCCAGGACCCUUCCAACGACUGCAAUGACAAUCAGCGGGAAAUACGCAUUGUUGCUCAGCGAAGAGGGCAAAAUGAACCUGUGCUUGGUGUUGAUUACAGACAGCGGAGGAUAACCAUUCAGAACAGAGCAGAUCUCCUGAUCAGUGAAGUGAUGUGGUGGGACCAUGGAGUCUACUACUGUAAUGUUGAAGCUCCAGGAGAUACAAGCGGUGACUCAGACACAGAGGUCAAGCUCAUUGUUCUCAAUUGGCUGACUGUCGUCCUUAUCGUCCUUGGUGGCCUCCUCCUCCUCAUGCUGAUAGGGGUGUGCUGGUGCCAGUGCUGCCCUCAGCAUUGCUGCUGCCAUGUGCGCUGUGCCUGCUGCCCAACUCGCUGCUGCUGCAAUGAAAAAGUGCUGGAACGACAUCAGUUUAUGAAACAGGCUCAACAACUUUUCCCAUGGAUGACACACCACUCCCGGUCAUCUUCAUAUCAACUAAACCCAUUGUUACAGAGAGAUGUGUCUCUGCAGAGCAGUCAGGCACGGAUGCCUCCACUUACCCAGUUUCCCUCCAACAAGAUCUUGGAGCAGCUUGAGUCUGAGGUCAGGAACCUUGGCGUUUCCCAGCCCGUGAUACCUCCGCACCGCGUUGAGAGCAGUCGUCAUCCUAGCAUCCUCUCCUCUCUGGGCUCAGAGAUUGUGGAACGCAGAGUGAUCCAACUGCCUCCCAUCAUUGAGCGCAUCCCAUCCUCCCGCAGAACUAGUGGUUCGUCACGACCACGGCGGUCGACAUAUGCCUCGCGACCCCGGAGCCAGGCAAGUGACGACGAGAGGGAGAGGAGGAGGAGGCGCUUGUCUUUGGAUGAAGAAGAUGAUUCCUACUCCAGUUACGACCAGGAACUCCGGAACAGACCUAGAGACCGCAAAGUCGAGAGGCAGAGGGCUGGCAGCCAUUAUGACAGGUCUCGGAGUUCUAGGCCAGACUUAUCUCCCACUUUGCACGGUAGGAACAGUUCCGAUUCGUAUCCUGAGGAGGAAAGAAGGGAGCGUUCCGCACGGCAUCCCUCUGACAGAAGGUAUUCAGGGCAGCGAGCUUAUCGACCUCUCAGUCAGAGGAGUAGGGACUCUGAUCGCCAGGGCCGCCGCCGCCAUCGCAGCUGUUCUCCACCAUCCCGCCGGGAGUCUUGGAGUUCAUCUGAUGAGUACGAGCGCUUCCAAGGAAACAGUAGGCGGCAUCGCCAGCGCCGCUCUCCAGACUGGCCAGAGAAACCUCCUAGUUACCGCUCGGUAGAAAUCAUCCCAGCCAAAGGCGACAAAGCCAGAAGCCUUGCGGAGCAGCAAUCGGAGAAAGGCAGUUCUCGCAGCGGAAGAAGCGUUGUCAUUUAGCCUUUUCUUCCUGCUAUUGUAAAAAAAAAAGUCUGCAAAUCAAAACAGUCGUUAGCUGUUCAGUGUAGCAGCCAACAAGAGGAAUCUGUUUCAUCUCGAUCACCUUCAGCCUGGAUUUCCUCAACUUGGUGGACACUUUGAUAAAGCAGGAAUGAGAUGGAACUCCUUUUCAACAACAUCUCGUUCCCGACAUCCCUGCUCUAGAGUUUGCUAGACAGUUGGCUUUUAAAAACAUGCUUCGUACAGGAAUAAUUUGUACAAGAAUGAUUGCUUAUUUUUGUACAAAUCUUGCAACAGCAUACCCAAUACACCUAAUGUUAAUAAUACAUGUUGAAAUUAACUGAUUGCCAAUGGCCUGACUCAGAGCCUGACGAAAGUAGCCUUGGAUUGCAUCAGACUCUGCAAUUUGAUAUUUACAUGAACCAGUUACUGAAUGAACUGUACAAGACAGCUCAGUUGCUGAGCAAUGUGGGCAAACAGAAAUUAACCAAGAUAAACAU